GGCGCGGGGCCCGCGCCUGGCGGGUGCGGGCGGAAGUGCCCGGCGCAGGGCGGAAGCAGAGAAGUUGGCGGCGUGAGGCUCAGGACUAUACAUCAGAGGAAGCCAAAAGCCAGCUGGAAUAGUUCCUGAAUACGGUUUUAAUCUUGUUUGCAAUUAUUUCGAAGGGGAGAAAUCAUCUGGAACAGAAUUAAGAUGCUCUGGUUUCAAGGAAAUAGCAUGCAACUUGCCAGAUCCUCCUUUGGACUCUUCUUGAGAAAUUGCUCUGCCUCUAAGACAACUCUGCCUGUGCUGACCUUAUUCACAAAGGACCCAUGCCCCCUUUGUGAUGAAGCCAAGGAAGUACUCAAGCCUUAUAAAAACAGGUUCAUUUUACAGGAGGUGAACAUCACACUUCCGGAAAACUCUGUCUGGUAUGAAAGGUAUAAAUUUGACAUUCCUGUCUUUCACUUGAAUGGCCAGUUUCUGAUGAUGCAUCGAGUAAACACCUCAAAACUUGAAAAACAGCUCCUGAAGCUUGAGCAGCAAAGUACUGGAGGCUGACUAAUGCCCUCAUGAUUUUCCACCCUCUCUUCCCAAAAGCAUCUUCCUAAGGAAAUGACCAUGGCCUGAUACUCAUUUUGUUGCUUGUACAGAGCCCUAAGGAUGUUCUGAAUUCAGUGGUGCCAAAUAAAUGUUGACAUUCCCCUUUUGGUUGAUGGAA